AUGUCCAAUUUCCAAGCAAGUCCAUUAAAUGAAUCAUUACUUACAUUUGAUUAUAACUUACUCCAACAAGAAAUUGAAAAUACUAUAAAUGCUGAUUACAUAGAUGAUGAAUGCUUUGAUGACCAUUAUGAUGUAGAAAUGAAUGAUGAAUCUGAAUUUGAUAGAGAGGUUCCAAUAACAGAUAAAUUUGAUAAAAUUGAAAUUCGUAGCAUUCAUAAUUUGAUUGGUUCCUUUGAAAUUGAUUCAAAUGCUGGUGAUGAAUUUGAGAGGUUAGGUGUUUGCUUAAGACACUUGAAUUAUGAUCAAAAUACACUCCACCAACCUAUAAAAGGGGAGGAACAGAUAAAAGCAACACAUUCUUUUUCUAAAGGCAUCAUUCACAAUAAACGAUGUCUUUUUUGCAAUCAAUACAAAAAUUUUUACACAUGUGGAGAUGCUUGCAAAAAACAUUUAUGGAAUGUAUGUGGUUGUAAUAUCCAGGUUCCAUGCUGUGGGUUGUUUAAUUGUCCAGCAAUAACUCUACAUCCAAAUUUAACAAGCAAACCAACAAACACUCAAUACAUUCAAUAUGUUUGCACAGAUUGCUUCAAAUUAUAUGGUGGUCACCUUCAUUCAAGAUUGGGCCCAGUAAAAAGACAAGUUUCUUGUGUGGAUCAAAAUAAACAUGAAAGAGACUCUAAAUCUUCUUUGGAACUUAUUGCUAAAUGGAUUAGUAAUGUUGCUUUAUCAAGUGAUAAUAAUGAAAAAGAUAAACUAUUAAAUCUUUUAACUAAGGUCAUUAAAGAUUUUAAACCAAAACUUUCAACAAUAUCUACAGAGACAGAUUCAACAUCAAUAUCAACAGAAUCUUCUGAUAAUCAAACAAUUCCAAAUUUUUUUCUUUUGAAUGUGGUGUUUGCA